AUGGCGGACCAUGAUACCCGUCGAAGAUCCAUUGGGAUCAUCGGGAUGGGCGACAUGGGCAGGAUGUACACCCAGCGCUUGACUUCUUCCGCAGCGAUAUCGCCGCCCGUUGAUGUUGGUUCAUGCAUUAAUGCCUGUGACAAGCCUGCCAACUAUGAUGCACUGAGGCAAGAAUUCGCAAACGAUAAAAAUACCAAUAUAUUACCCAACGGACACUUGGUCUCCAGAAUUAGCGACUACAUUAUUUACAGUGUAGAGGCGGAAGCCAUCAGCAAAAUUGUCGCGGAGUAUGGUCCAUUCCAAGCAACCAAAGUUGGCGCAAUUGUCGGUGGCCAAACUUCCUGCAAAGCCCCCGAGUUGGCCGCUUUUGAGAAAUAUCUUCCUGAUGAUGUGGAGAUCAUCUCGGUCCAUUCGCUACAUGGACCCAAUGUGAACACCAAAGGACAACCGCUGGUUCUGAUCCAGCACAGAGCCUCGAAGGAAAGCCUCAAGUUCGUUGAACUUGUAUUCUCGUCUUUCGAGUCUAAAUAUGUGUAUCUUAGCGGAGAAAAACACGACCGCAUCACUGCUGACACGCAGGCUGUAACUCAUGCUGCAUUCUUGAGCAUGGGAACUGCAUGGCAUGCGAACAACCAGUUUCCAUGGGAGAUUCCUCGAUACGUAGGCGGCAUUGAGAAUGUGAAGAUCAACAUCACUCUGCGAGUUUACUCGAAUAAGUGGCAUGUCUAUGCAGGUCUGGCGAUAUUGAAUCCGGCUGCUAAAAAGCAGAUCCGCCAAUACGCGGAAUCCGUGACAGAGCUCUACAAAUUGAUGCUCGGUGGUCAUCGAGAGGAGCUCAGAAACAGGGUCAAAACCGCGAGAGCCGCCGUGUUCAAGUCGGAUGCUGUGAAGCAGAAUUUAUUGCUUGAAGACGAAGUCCUAGACCGGUUUUCCCUGUCGAGAGGGCUGACAGAGAAAAUGCCCAAUAACCACCUUAGCUUGCUGGCGAUUGUUGAUUGUUGGUGGAAAUUGGGGAUCGUUCCCUAUGACCAUAUGAUCUGCUCAACCCCACUCUUUCGACUCUGGCUCGGAGUGACAGAAUAUCUAUUUCGAAAGGAAGAGUUGCUCGACGAGGUCUUGGAGACGGCUAUCAAUGAUAAUACCUUCCGUUCCGAUGAUCUCGAAUUCACAUUCGCCGCUCGUGCGUGGUCUGACUGCGUUUCAUUCGGUGAUUUCGCAUCCUACCGCGACCGAUUUGAACGGAUACAAAGCUACUUUGCACCGCGGUUCCCUGAAGCUGUCCGAGUAGGUAAUGAGAUGAUAAAAACAAUUCUGGAGAAAACCGAGAAACCAGGGGUCCCACUCCCUUCGCGUCCUUAG